AUGGCAGCAACCCAAUUGAAAUCCAAGCGACCCACAUGCCCAUCUUGCUCCAAACCCGCAAGUCUCUGCCUUUGCAUUCGGAUCCAGAAUCCGGGUCUUCAAAACAAGGUAAACAUCACCAUUCUCCAACACAGUUUAGAGAGAAAACACCCCCUUAAUUCUGCAAGAAUUGCAAAACUAGGGCUUAAAAAUGUCACUGUAAGCACUGUUUCUGAUGUUAAAUUUGAUGCCAAGUUCACGAUCCAUUUGCUUGACCCGGGUCAUGAUUUGGGUUCGGGUCAAAAUGGAGAAAAAAGUUCAGAUUUUUAUCAAGUUAUGGAUGAUAAAGUCGAUGAAUUUCAUGCUAAUCAUGUAAUUGAAGGUAGGAAAGAGCCAGUGAUUACUUUUAGUAUAGGUAAAUAUGGAGUUGUUACUGAUAUUGGUAUUGGCAAUGUAUGGAUGCCUCAUGUUCAGUGGAAAAGAAGGCUAAGUUUUGAUAAGAUUUUGGCCUCAAAAGUGGCUGUUGAUGAUUUGGAGAAAGGUUUUGUUGUUAAAAAGCUGCAAAAGAAAAGGGUUAAUGGGAGUGAAGAAUUGGAAGAGUUGGAAGAGUUUGAAGUUGUGGUGCUUCCAGGUUCAGUGCUUUUAUUUCCUAGUAAGAAUGGAUUUGAUAUUGAUGGUCUUAAAGCAAUGAACUUUGAAGUGAAGAAUUUGAUUGUAUUGGAUGGGACAUGGUCAAAGGCAAGGAGAAUGUUUUGUGAGAAUCCUUGGUUGAGGUUUUUGCCACAUUUGAAGUUGGAUUUGGAUAAGUUAAGUUUGUAUAGUGAGAUUAGACAUCAGCCAAAAGCUGGUUAUUUGUCUACUAUUGAGAGCAUUGUUUAUGCGUUGGAGGAAAUAGGAGAUUAUCCUGAAGGGUUGGAUGAUCUUUUGGGUGUUUUUGAGUCGAUGGUUGUUGAUCAAAGACGAUUUAAAGAUGAGAGGCUGAGCAAGCUUUCUUCUGCAUAA